AUGAUAGCAAGUAGAAGAUUAUCUACAUUAAAUAUGAUUAAACGACCACUGAGAUAAUUUCGUGUUCAAUGUUGCGACUCCGUGACGUCACGACAAAAAGCCUGGCUUCCCAGUUUACAGUUAGUAAAACCAAGAUUUAAAGAAAUGAUUUGUGUUGCAGUGGCUUUCUCGGAAUAAUCAGGGAACACCAAACCUCGGAUCAACAUCGGUGGACGGGAAAAAUAUCUUUGAAGGCCCGCACAAAUGGGGCGCCGAAAGUCCAAGCGAAAGCCUCCUCCCAAGAAAAAAAUGACAGGCAACUUGGACACCCAGUUCACGUGCCCGUUUUGUAACCACGAGAAAUCUUGCGAUGUGAAAAUGGAGCGAACACGAAACACGGGAAUUAUUUCAUGCAGCGUUUGCUUGGAGGAGUUCCAGACUCCUAUAACAUAUUUGUCAGAACCAGUGGAUGUUUACAGUGACUGGAUAGACGCGUGUGAAGCAGCCAAUCAGUGAUCAUUUCUUCAUCUCUAAUCUGGCACAACUAGUUAUAUACUAGCACCAUAGAAAUAGUAUAUUGUUUAGGUAAAUGACACUUCAAUUGCUGAAUCACAUGUCAACUUUGUCGCCAUAUUGGAAGUGGAGCCUUGUAGCGGUGAAUGUGGAAUGGGAAACAUUAGUUUCCUAGGCAGAGCUGCCACAUCCAAUAUGGCGGAUCCUUGCCAUCACAAUCCAUCAACCCACUCAAUGAGACAUCUAUGUCUAAUAAGUAUUUUCUUGACGUCAUGUAACGUGGAGUUUAAUUUAGCCUAAUUUAGUUUAGUAUUUGCUACAUGUAUCAAACCCAGCAUUUCACAUUCCUGUAUUCUAUGUCGUUCCGUGCAGCUAUUUUUUUUUCCCCAGUAUGUGUUUGUAUUUAUUUAUCUCUUAGGGCCAAAUUGACAUGGAAAAUGAUGUUGACGUCACUGUUUACCUUUUUAUGCUCUCCACUGGUAUUUUUACGAGAAUGCCUUUUUAGUGUUGAUUUUAAUCCAAUCAAUGAUAUUAAUUUUACUAUGUAAUAUUUGCCAUAUUUUUAGGACAAGUAUGUACGAACAGGAAAAAAAGAUAUAGUAUUUUCACUCUACUGUAACUACACAAAGGAUUGUUUUGUUUUUUUUAAAAAUCAUACCCUUUGCAUUUUUUGCAUGCAUUUUAAGAUCAUUACAGUAAAUCUGAAUUUUAAUUUUCAAGUGUUUUUAUUGCACAAAUGUCAUGUUUAGUGAAAGCCAAAAUAGAAAAAGAAAGACAUAUACGUAUUGUUGAAAUACAGUCUGCUCUUAAAAGGUGAAAUUUGACCACUGACAACGUUUUUACAUAUUUUUGAUGACACAGGUCAGUAAAUGCACUGUAAAAAUGCUUAUCUUGCUAAAAUCUGUUUUAUUCAAUUAAAAAGGAAUGCUAAAAGA